AAAUAUGAUCUAGCUAAUAAAUCGUGGACACCAGUAGCUAGUAUGAUUAAUGAAAGAUCAUCGUUUGGUUCAGUAUCAUUUAUGGACAAACUGUAUAUAUGCGGCGGUAAAGGCUAUACAGAGUCGGCGCCACUAAAUAGUUGUGAAAUGUAUGAUUCAAUUACAGAUAAAUGGAUACAAAUAGCUCCAAUGCAAGAAAAACGUGUUUAUAUGGAACUAUUGAAAUACAAUGAUAAACUCUAUGCUAUUGGAGGAGAAAAUUUGAACACAUUUGAAGUCUAUGAUUACAAAUCCAAUAGUUGGAGUCAUACAACACUAUUGCCGACAAAAAUGUGGGAUUUUGGGGCUACAGUUAUCAAAGAAGUGUAA